AUGAGCUUGCACCCGUCAGAGAGCGGGCUGCUAUGGCGGAGUGUCAGCGCGGAGCUGCCCGUGACCGCGGAGAUGUUCGUGGGCGGGCGGCUGCGGGUGGCGUGCGCGGCCACCGUGCACCAUCUCUACGACCAACGCGACACGUUGGACUUCUUCACGCCAGACACCGACCCGCGCCCAGAGAGAAUCACUCUAAACGGAGGGGCUUCAAAAACAUUCCAAAGUUGGAUACUCCUGUUUCUUCUGUUCCUAUUGCCUAUGAUGGCAAUGGGCCAGAACUAUGACUUCGAGAGCUUCGACUACAACUCCGUGUACGACGAGGAGAACCAUCACAAUAUCGGCCUCUCCCUCGUAGGUGGUUGA